UUAAAAUGUGUUACUAGACUUAAAAAUGUAUCGAUAGAGACAAAUUUUAUUAACACUUUCAUUAAAACCACGGUUUUUCCCCCUCUACAUGAAAAAUAAGAAUUUGAUCCAUAAACAAGUUAGCUGCCAAAUUAAAUGCAUUAUUAUUACGAAUUUCGCCUAAUGACAUCGAUGGGUUGUGUUUAAAGCUCCAGUUUUCAGUGCAUAUCGGCAAUAGUGGUGAGAGUUCUGACAAUAUUGGUUGUAGUAGCUGUAGUGUGUAGGAGCUGCUGCAAAUAUGGUCGUAAGGAAGUUCUUUCCCGGUGGUGCGUACAAGGGAGAGACACAAUGGCCCCAGAUUAUGGCGAUACUGAUUGGUUCACUGGCAGGCCUAACCGAAGGAUUACUGUUCGCCUGGAGUUCACCCUUCCUUAUCAAAAUCACCCAAGACAAAGUUAACUACGACAUCUCAGAAGAACAAGCAUCAUACUUCGUCACAAUCCAAGCAUUAGCCAUAAGUUUCUGCUGUCCCAUCUUCCCUUACUUGUGCGAUAGGAUAGGAAGAAAGAAAACCCUAAUGUUAAUUAGUAUUCCCCAAGUGCUAAGUUGGAUAUUAGCUGCAGUGGCAAAGAACGUCUAUGUGUUUUAUGUUGCUCGAGCAUUGGCUGGUAUGGGCAAUGCUUGCUUCUAUUCUGCGUUUGCGAUAUACAUAGGUGAAGUGGCCAAUCCCACUGUUCGAGGAACCUACGGCAACUCCAUAGCUUUUACUUUCUAUCUUGGUGACUUCCUAAUUGCCGUUAUUGGCAGUUACUGGUCUGUACAACUAACCUCUUACGUUUGUGUGACUAUACCAAUCUUGUUUUUGAUACUGUUUAGUUUUAUGCCCGAAUCGCCUUAUUGGCUUGUCAUGAAAGGUAGAGAGGAAGAAGCCAAAAAGUCGUUGAAGUUCUUAAAAAGGAAAGAACACGUAAAUGAAGACUAUAUCCAACUUAAUAAAGACGUAGAGAGGCAGAUGUCGGACAAAAAGGGAUUGAAAAGCUUGGUUAAAACCAAAAGUAGCAGAAAAGGUUUAUUAGCAUGCAUAUUCCUUAGAUUCUCUCAGCAGUUAGGUGGUCUCAAUGUGUUCAUGGCUUACACUCAGUUUAUUUUCCAAAAAUCUGGUAGUUUCUUGACUGAAACUCAAGGCGCACAGAUCUACACAUUUCUAAACUUUGCAUUCAAUAUUAUAGUUUCUAUGUUUGUCGUUGAUAGACUUGGUAGACGAAAGGGAUACAUUACAUCCCUACUGGCAACUGCUGUUAUAUUAUUUACCAUGGCAACAUACUUCUAUUUAGAUGGGAACACAGAUGUAGACGUCAGUUCUUUUAACUGGAUACCAUUGGCUGGUAUGGUUUUAUAUUUAGUGUUUUCUUCUUUCGGAAUGGCAGUGAUUCCGACUUUAAUGUUGGGAGAGGUCUUUUCGGCAAGACAAAAAGCUAAUGCUAUAACCAUUUUGAUAUUCGUGCUUGGUAUUGCUUCUUUUGCAAGUAAUCAACUCUUCUACUACCUGAAUAGCCAUGUAGGCUUCUACUUUCCAUUUUAUUUCUUCUGUGCUUGUAACAUCUUGUCUAGCAUUAUUGCCUAUGCGAUCGUUCCCGAAACAAAGGGAAAGACUUUGGAAGAAAUUCAAGAGGAUUUGAGAGGAUGUGAUGAGAAACCGAAGAAAGUUGAUGGUGAAGAUAAAAUUUAGAUCUAAUUUACUGGUUGUGCUAUUUAAGCUUAAGAUACCAAUGUAUAAAGUAUUAAUUCGGUUUAGAGAGAAUUUUGUUAGACUUUUUAGGAAGCAGGAAUGAGAAAAAUGGAUAUUUAUAAACGAAAGAUUAGUCCAAGUAAUGAAGCUUGAAAUAGGACAAAACCUCGCAAUUUUUACAGAAUGAAUCGAUUUGCUUGAAAAUUUGAAAACAAGUAGGGGAUAGUCCAAGGAUCAAAAUCUAUAUGCUGCUGAAAGGCGCUUUUACCAUGGGAGUGGUUGCCACCCCAUUUCGGGGAUGGAAUUUUUUUUAUAUGUUUUGACCACAAAAGUUGGUAAAAAUAUUCAUUCUAAGCAAAAAACGUUCUAUACAUUUUUUUGAUAAAAUUAAUAGUUUUCGAUUUAUUCUCUAUCAAAAGCUCCAAAAGUUUUCGUGUUAUCAAAACAACUUCACUUAACAAAAAUGUACCUUUUAAAAAAAUAAACAAAACCGUUUUUUUUUUAAUUUUCUUUAAGACCAAAUCGAGCUAUACUUUAUUAUAUGUUAGCUCUUCUUCGCCAAAUUCUAAAUAUUGUAGUUUUUAAAGUCAAAAGACGGGAAAACUGUGCAUUUUUCGAGGAUAACUUGUCCAAACUAAUUUAGAAAAUUUAAAAAUAUCUAUCUUCAGAAAUAAAAAAAGGCUCUAGCUCAAAAAUUAAGUGACUUAUAAUGAAAAAAAUGUCAGCCCUAUUUUUUCAGCGAAAAAGUGAUCGGAAGCAACCUCCUAAUUACCACCCUAAUUAAAAUUAUUCAUUGACCUUAUUUGGUCUUCUUUAUUUAUGUAUUAUUAAUAGGUUCUAGAAGUUUUAACGGCUUAGAAUAAUCAGUUUUUAAAAAAAUGGAGUUAAAAGCGAAUUACGAAUUUGUGUAGUUUGGAAAAAAAUGGCCUUUUCUUCAGAAUAGGAAUAUUAGCAUCAGACAUACGGAAAAUGUUUAAAUAUGAAAUUGUAGCUUAUUUAAUUCCCAAGAAAUUGGUUUGCAAAAAUUUUUUCUACGGCAAAAAUUGAGUGAGCUAUUGAUAAUUAAAAAUUGUAAAAACAUGCAAAAACCACCUUUAUAGUCGGUUCGGUAAACUCAGACCCAACUGGCUAAUGAUUUUAGUAAGUAAUUUUGCCAAUUUUGGCAAAAUUGGCCAAAAACAAAAAAAAAACACAUACUAGUUGCGUCUAAGUUUAGCGAACCGACUAUACCAACCCUUUCAAAGUCACCUCUUUUUUCCACUGACUACUUUAAAUAGAUUAGUGGGCUUAUAGAUCUUGUAAAAACCUACAAAAUUCUUUUUUACCAAACUUUCUAAGAUAAAAAAUAAAAAAGUUAUUAAAAAAAAGGACAAAUCCAAUUGGAAGCAUAAUAAUGUGUAAGUUAGUGGUGUUUUUAGUCAUUGGCCUUAUUCAUUCGUCUUUAUUUAUGUAUUAUUAAUAGAUGCUAGAAGCUUGACUGGCUUAGAAUGAUUAGUUUUUAAUAAACUGGAGUUGAAAGCGAAUAACGAAUUUUUGUAAUUUGGUAAAAAAUGCUGUUUUCUUCAUAAUAUACAGAUUAGCAUCAGAGAUACGAAAAAUGUUUAAAUAUAAAAUUGUAGAUUAUUUAAUUCUCAAAAAUUUGCUUUGAAAAAAUUUUUACUACGGCAAAAAUCGAGUGAAUCGUAAAUGUGUAUUAUCGAAAAACAUUGAUUUUUUCGAUAUAAAAACUAUUAAUUUUAUCAAAAAAAUGUAUAGAACAUUUUUUGCUUAGAAUGAAUGAUUUUGUCAACUAUUGUUGUCCAAAUAUAAUAAUAAAUUUCCACCCUCGAGAUGGGGUGGCAACCACCCCCAUAGUAAAAGCGCCUUUCGGCAUCAUAUAGAUUUUGAUCCUUGGACUAUUCACUACUUAUUCUCAAAUUUUCAAGCAAAUCGAUCCAUUCUGUAAAAAUUGCAAGGUGAAAAGCUUCGGUUCCUGGACUAGAUAUAAUGUGUUCGUCAAAAACAUUUGUUCUCCAACCUUAUAGAUAGUCUAAAUGUAGCAACCUCUCAAAUAAUUUUUUAUUUAGAUAAUUCUACUGUGAUAUAGAUAGAUAUUUUUUAAAAAUGAAAGUUGGACAGCAAAUUAUGUUUUCCUGAUUUAUAUUACAUAUUUUAUAAAUAUUUAAAUUUUAUUCUGAUUAUCUUGAAGUCCUGUUUUUUAUUUUUGUUUAUUUGAAAGUGAAAGGCAACUCAACCUUGCCUUUCACCUCUCUCACUGACCUAAUUAUUAUCACGUACCCACGUACGACGUGUGAGUCCUAUGUUGCCCUAGGACCUUAUCCAUAGGGUUUAUAUUCAUCUUUUGGAUUUCAUAACUUAUUUAAUUAUGUAAGACAUUUAGUCAACGUUUGAAGGAUUUUAACCUUUUUAUUUUUGGGUGACUCAGCAUGAUAGGCUUGUAACGUUGAUGAUACUCUUUUUAGAGAGCGAAAACGUUUUAUUGUGAUAUUUGUCGUCCUUUUAAAGGCUUUUAAAUAAAUAUACCUUUUACCAAGGAAAAAUCGGUAUAUUUUUAUUUCAUCAUCGGCUUGGCUAAAGUCUAUAAAAGUAGCAAAUCACCAUAGAUACUAGAGUUUUAGAUAAUAGGGAACUUGCAUAUUUUUCUUUUGUUACAUGUUCAGUUUUGUUUAAAAAUGAGAUUUUCAAAAUUUCUCGCUUCAAAAGCUCAUAAUAAUUUCAGGAGUACAAAUUUAAAAUCUUCUGUAAUUUAAAAUAGUUCAAACGACCCGUGAUGUCACAUAGUUAUACUUUAUUUAUGUUUAUGGUAAUAUUUAUGUAUAUUCUUCUUCUUCUUCUUCUUCUUUAGUUAUUGGCCUCCACCUGCUUGGGUAUUUGGCCAGCUCAUCGUCGCGGAAUAAGGGAAAAAUAUUUUUUGUUGAGAUUGGAGAUUGAUAGAGUUUUUGAGGGAAGCACAGAAAAGAGGGUUUACUACGGAAAAUAAAAGAAAACACUAUGUGUUGUUUAGUGCCAUUUUGUAAAAGUACAAGUUUUCUAUGUAUUUAAAACAGUUCAAACGAUCAAAAACACUUGUGACGUCACAUAACUGUAUUUUCUACUAACGUUUAUAAUAUAAUGUCUUCUUCUUCUUUCUCAUAAUCCUUAGUGCCCUCCAGGGGGUCGGAUGUCGGGUUCCGCCUUUUAUCCAUUUCUUCCAAUCGCUUCUAUUGGUGGCCAGGUUCUUCAUAUCCCUCAUACUCAUGUGUCUCCUUUCACAUAUAUCCUGGAUCUGGUCCAUCCAUGUCUUCCUUGCCCUUCCCUUUUUUCUUUUGUUUCCCAUUUUAGCUUCAUAUACCUUCUUGUUUGCUCCAUUCGUUGUAUGUGUCCAAACCAGCUUAAUUGUUUGUUUUCGAUCUUCCUCAUUAUCGGCUCUUGAUGCAGCUCUCUUCUUAUAUCUUCAUUUCUGAAUCUAUCAAACUUCGUAACUCCAGCUAUUUUUUUUUAUGUAUUUCAUCUCGGUCGCGUUUAUCAUUGAUUCAUGUUUCUUUUGCACAAUCCAUGUUUCCGCCCCAUAUGUCGUUAUCGGAUUGACUAUGCUGUUAUAUACUCUGAGUUUAGUUUUGUUGUUUAUUUCUGACUUUCCAAAAAUUGUAUUAUUUAAAGAGUAAUACACGUUAGUUGCCUUCUUCAGUUUAUUACUUAUUGCUAAGUCCGUUUUCCCAUCAUCUGUUAUUAUAUUUCCCAAAUAUUCAAAAGUAGAUACGUGUUCUAUUACGUGUUCCCUUACUAUUAUAUUAGUGCUCCUUUCUUCUUUCUCAUCUUCAUUUAUUAUCAUAAGUUUUGUUUUGUUGAGAUUCAUUUCCAUUUUUAAAUUCUCUAUCUCUUUUUGCCAAAUAUCUAUUAAUUUCUGCAUUUUCUCUACUGUGUCUGUGAUUAAAACUAUAUCAUCAGCGUAUAGAAGGGAGUUGAUCUUUAUUGCAUUUAAGUAUUUAUAUCCUACUAUGUAUUGAAGGUUUCUUGUUUGAUCUUUGGUAUUUUUGAUUAAAGUAUCCAUGAAUAUUAUAAACAAGAGGGGGCUUAGUCCAUCUCCUUGUUUAAUUCCCUUAUCCCAUUUAAAAGUGCCUGAUCUUUCUCCAUUUAUAUGUUUACUUGACCUUCUACUCCCAUAUAUAUAUAUAUAUAUAUAUAUAUAUAUAUAUAUAUAUAUAUAUAUAUAUAGAUGACUUUUAUCAUCUUUUUUGGUACCUAUAUUAUAACUUUCCAAUAUUUUCCACAUUAUUUCUCAGUUUAUCGUAUCAAAUACCGCCUUCAAAUCAACUAACAUGAGAAAUAGUUCAUCCCCUUUAGGGCAUUGUCUCUCUAUUAUAUUUCUUAUAAUGUAGACGUUAUCGUUUGUUUGACGGUUUGAUCUGAAUGCAGCCUGUUCGUCUUCUAAUUAUAUCUCUAUUACUGAUCUUAGACGCUUCUCUAAUUCUCGUGUGUACCUUGAAUGCGACCGAUGACAAGCAUAUUGCUUUAUAAUUCUCGCAUUCAUUAUGUUGUCCGUUUUUGUAUAUUGGUAGAACUAUGUUUUUCUUCCAGUCAUCUGGGAUUUUCUCUGUACUCCAUGCUUUCUUGCAUAUCUGUAAUAGCCAGGCCAGUCCUCUCCUUUUUCACCCAUCCAUUUUAUCAUUUCUGGAUCUGUUUGGUCCUCUCCUUCCGCUUUUCCAAGUUUAAUAUUGUUUAUAGCUUCUUCCAGUUCUUCCUUCCGUAUACUCUCUGGUUCUUCUUCCAGUUCUGGUCUAAUAAUACAAUGUGCAAUUUAAAAUUAUAUACAAUUUUGUUGAGUUUGUUGGUGCAGAAUAUAAACAUUAUAUAACCAUAUGACGUCACGACGCAUUUUGGGCUAGCUGCUAUAAUUUGAAUUUAGAAUCGUCUUUAGGGGCCAAACGGAACACAAAAACAACUUUUUUAUCUUUGAUACAUGUUUUAAAUUAUGUUCUGUUGGGAUUUAUAACAUUUUUUGAAUUUAAAAUUUUAUGCAAGUCCCUAUUCAUUGAAGGUUGAAUAAAGGUGGAACUAAAUGACAAUUCGUAAUUUUCUUUUUCUCUAGUCUAUAUUAUUUUUCUGCGUUGAAUAAAAAUAGCCGGUUUUGUAAAUGUUCAAAAAUAUUUUCAUCCCAUUUGUGGUUUUCAUGAUGGAAAGUUUUCAUCGUCAGAAAACAACUUAACAGUAUGUAUUUCAAAUGAUUUCUUUAUGCAUACUGCUUGGAGUAAUGAACUUAGUCGUGCCUGGUAUUUAGUCCAAAUUUACCGAUCGUUAGUGAAUCAUUCUCUAUAAAACUUUUUGAAAUCAGCAAUAUCCGGCGAAACAAAUAAAUUUUUAGAUAUUUUUGGACUUCUCUUUAAAUGAGAAAUUUUCCUAUUAUUAUUCAUAGGUGAACAAGUUAUUCCCAAUAUAGUCUAUACUCAACAAAAAAAAAGUGGGUUUUUUUUCCUAUUUGCUCCAUGAAAGUGGGUUUUUCUUCUCUGGAAGCCUUCUGUAGUCCCUGGCCGUUUCGUUUUCGCGUUCCAUAUCAGAAUUCUCCUGCCUUAUUACUACUGCAAAUUAUUUUCGAUCACUUGUCAUUUGAGACAAGUAUCCUGAACUUGGUAUUUGCGUCUAGACAAGAAUGUUUUUUAGCCAAGAAACGUGUUUUCUUCCUACACCUCUUACACCUCUCCAACCCUUUUUUGCUUUUAAGGUUUAAGGAUUAGUUGUAAUAUAGAUAUCCCUUUGAUAUACCAUACCUACAUGUUCCAGGUAAGACAGUCUUCGAUGUUUAUAACCACCUCUUCCUCUUAUUAUCUCUUUCAUGUACAUGUUGUUUUGCUUCGGAGAAUGAGUAACUAGUCUUGUUUUUCAUUUGGUCCGACCACCAUGUUGAAGAACUUCCUCUGGAGUUUUUUUUCGCUACGUUGCCGUCAACUAUUAUUCGUGCCAUGCCUUCUCUUCUUCUACUUAUAUGUCCAAAAUUUCUCAGUAUAAUUUUGGUUGAUAGUUGUAGUGAGUCUAGUCUUUAUGUUAAGCUCUUCUAGUAUUCAAUUUUUGGUGCGAUGUGGGGUUUUGGUAUGCGAAACAUUCUACUUUGGGCUCACAUGUCAAAUAGCGCUAUAGGGUAGGUGGGGGUAAAGACCCGCAAUAUCUACUAUUAUCGAUGUAGUGAGAUAUCAGAUAAGUAUUUUUUAAAAAUUAAUAUGAAAAUAUUUGGCUAAUUUCUUAUUUAGCAUAGUGUCUAAGUAUGGGCUCUAUCUGACUAUUAGUUAUCCACAAAAGUAUACAUUUAUUCAAAAAUGUAUUUGCGGGGAUUUGCCCCAUAAAAUGGGGUAGAUCCCCGCGGUGCGGAGCUUUUUCACUUAUCGUGAUAAAAGGUCAUACAUGCAUAAAUAAUUAAAUGAAAACGCUUUUAUUAACCUUUAAUAACAUUCUUGGCUUACAAAAAUAAAACAAUAAUUUCUUAUAAAGUACAUAGCAACUGUUUUAGUAUAUAUUAUAACUAGUCAGAUCUUCCGAGAAAACAAUAGCAUUAUGAAACCUUGAAGAAUUCAUAGUAGGCUUCGAUAGUCUUAAAACUAUAUCCGACUCAGCAAUAAAAGACUCUUCGUUUGUUUCUGUGAACUUAUAAGUAUUUGUUAAACGUCUGUAAAAUACUGCAUCACAGCCUCCUUGAUAGACAGAAAUAAUCUUCACUACGUAAUGACAGAAAUAAGUUUUUGUUUUUCCUUGAACUUUAACUACUGCAUAGUCAUUUGGCAUCAUUAUUGAUUCAUUGUCCUGCAGUGAGUUACCAAUCUCUUCUUCUUGGACGUUAGCCUCAUCCUAGGAUAGAAAAUUAUAUUCAGAACUGCUAUCAUGAAUGGAAUAAUCAGCAUCGGAUUCCGAAGAUGAUUGUUCUUUAGACUCCUUCUUUUUCUUUUUCGCAACCAUAGUGGGAAAAAGUUGUUUUGUUACUUUUUGUUUCAGGCGCUUUUGUCUUUUCAAAACUCGUGCUACCUUUUCAGCAAGUUGUUUCUCCUUCUCAGCUUCUUCCUUUUCUAAACGCUCUUUAGUAGGUGUUGAACUCAGCAAUUGUGAUUUCAAUCCUUUUCUGACCCUUUUUCUUUUAAUUUUUAUUUUAGGUAAAGGAAUUAUAUCUCUGGGAGUUGCUAUUUGAUUUUGAGAAUCGUCUUCCUUCAUAAAGGAUGCAAUUUCAGUUUUUGACUCCUCUAAUACAUCGUGGUCUGCACCAGGGGCAAUUAAACCUGAAGUAGACGGUUGAUGAUGAAGAAUAUUUUCAGAAACAGGAUGCAAAACUUCUAACUGAUUUUCGUCACUAUUAAAUAUUAACAGUCGAUCAUUAUUACUUGGCUCUUCAUCCGGUGGUUGAUCUAUGACCUCUGAUGAUAGAAAAUCAACUUCCGAGAAAGUAUUUUUGUUGAACGGAUAGAUCCGCGUAGUUCUAAAGGCUUGAGCUGCAUUUUCAAGAGUACUCGCUUUUUCAAAUGCUAUUUUAAACGUUUCUGCAACAUUAUAAACGCUAAAUGUUUCUCCUGGAUGAGAGAUAUUCCAGGAGUCCACAGCCGCAUCAUAAUAAGUCUUUAGCGGUCGGAAAAUGCAUCGAUCUAGCGGUUGGGUUUUGUGACUGCUGUGAGGUGGCAAGGUAAGCAACUCAAUAUUAUUGGAUUUUGCAAAAUUUACCACCUGAAGAUUCGUGUGUGAUACAUUAUUAUCUAAAAUUAGCAAAAUUGGGUUCUCUUUGCUUCCAUUUGUGUAUUUUUGAAAAUGUUUUAGCCACUUCAUAAAUGUAGGAGUAUUGAUAUAUCCCUUGUCGGUUACAGCCAUGUCGCAUUCUAAUGGGCCGCCCUUAAUUAAGAGCCUGUUCUCUCUUUUUCGUGAGUAGAUGAAAAAAGGAGGCACAAAAUUUCCCAAAGCAUUGACUGCACACACAGCGGUUCAGUAACGCACGAGCCUCAACUAGUUUGUCUUCCGUUAAUACUGCAUACUGGAUUUUUCUUUUAUAGUUUCUAAAAUAGAAACAAAAAAAUGAUUAGAUACAAUAACAUAAUAUGUAACUAACUUUAAAUUGCAGCAUGGGGCAAAGCCCCGCAUGCGGGACUUUGCCUCUAUUUAACUGCGGGACUUUGCCCCAUAGUAAACUAUUUCAAUAAAUUGCUUCUACAACAAGAAUACAGCAUAUAAAAUACAAUGAAAUGAUAUGAAAACAAAUCUAAAUAGUCACAAUAACGACCGACAAUUCGCUCUUUUAGUAAAUCUUAUCGCUAUGUGAACAACAUUUACCCUAAAUAAACACAAUUAUUAGAUCAAAAUUACGAAAAAUCUACUAACCUCAUUUUGUCACGUAAUACACUUCCUGGCUGCACGAAAUUUUAUGACACACUGGACCGUAUCAAUACCGAUCGCCCACCUAACGGCCGGCUCUAGAAUAUUGCCCGGUAAAUUCAAAAAGCUAAUGCGUGGCUUUACCCUGUGCAGGUCUUUACCCCCGCCUACCCUACGCUUCAAUGUUUAACAGUCAGUUUAGUAAAUCUGUAUCUUUGUUGACCUUCAUUAUUACUUCCAGAUUAGUUUUCCUUGCCGUCCAAGAUAUUUUAACAAAUGUCUAGGAAUCAACAUUUCUAAUGCUUCAAUUCGGUUCAUGCUUGAUACUUUUAGUAUCAACACUUCUGCUAUAUACCUACCAGAGUACAGACCAAACAUUUCACAGACCUAUUUCUAAACUUAGAUGGUUAUUGCAAAUUAAAUUUUGAAUUGAGUGUCUCUUUUUUCCUAUUUUGUUAUAAAAGUCAAAACAUUAAUAAAAAUAAAGGACUACCUGUAAGCACGUUGGUCAUUUAUACCUACUCAUUGGAAAUUAAAAAAAAGUAUAAGCAACAAAAUGUAGUGAUGAUUUUUACACUGUAAGGUUUAUUUGUAUACCUAUAGGAAAAUAUGUGUUUAACGUUUGUGUUAAAAAUACAAGGUGGGCCAAAGAAAAGAGUCCACCUCGAACAAUUCUAUUUUUAUUUUUAUAUUACAAUUUUUUGGAAUACAAUUCAUACCAGUGACGUCAUCCACCUAAGCGUGAUGGCGUAAUCGAUGAUUUUUAAACGGGAAUAGGGGUCGUGUGGUAGCUCAUUUGACAGGUUGUUCAAUUUACUAUUCAGUAAUAUAAGUAUUUACAUAAAUAUUUAUACAGGGUGUCCAAAAAAUUUCUUUUUUAAUUACGUCAUUAGUAUGAAAUAUAUAACAAAAAAUUUGUUUAGGCAUUUUUGUAAAAUAUAAUAACUACUGCCAAAUAUCGAGGUGGACUCUUUUCUUCGGCCCACCCUGUAUAAUUUGAUGUACUGCCAUCAAUAAAUAAUUAUUAUUGUUGUAUACGCUUUAUUAAUAUAUAAUUAUUCCUCUAUCUUACAUAAUGUGUUCUCAAUAUAUAUGUAUGUUAUAAUUUUUA